CCGGUUGCUGGAUGGCGCUGGAUUUAAAGGCGGACUGACACAUACGUUGACGGUGUUUCUGUCAAAAUGGACGAGCAAAGCAUCAUUGAGUUUAAAGAGGUAGUAGAAACUUUAUUAUGUAAUCCGGAUAGACGAACGAAGGUUGAACAUAACGAAACAAAGUUUUCAGUUGCUAAUGAAGAAAUUCUCAAUGAUGUUGUUCCCAGCCAGUUGUUCGAAUUCCAAUUUCCUGUUAUUCUUGUCAGUUCAGUGGUUGAUGCUGAUGUGACUGAAGAAGAAUUUUAUGUACCAGAUCUAGGCAUAAAUAAUGACAUUUCAACAAGAUCUCGACCAGCACGAAGUGUGAGCCACAGUCAGAGUGAAGUUGAGGGCUCUCCAUUGAAGUUACAAACUUACGCAGAUUUUAGUUUCUCUUCACCAUCUUCUGAUGCAUCACUAAAUGUCAGAAAAAGAACUGUUGUCAGGGCGACUGGUGUUCCAUUGGACAAGGCAAGAGAGCUUGCAUCUUAUCUGUCUCUAGCAUACUCGUCCAAAGUAUCCGAUCAUAUUCAGAGUAAAUUAGAUUCUGAUGCGACUCUUGAUGACUCAGCUCAAGCUAUUAACAAAAUACCCUCACUCUUCAUUCUCUGUGAUGGAUUAGAUCAUAAAAGAACUGCAUGCAUGUAUAUUGAGCCAAUCUAUUUGAAAGCAACAGACUCAAACAAAUGGACAGGGUGGAAGGUUUCUUCAAUCUAUGUGAAAGAUCCAGAGAGUGACGAAUCACAUAUGCCUAAUUUCCAUAAAUUGGAUUUGUCGGGAAAACAGAUAGAGUGUGAGGCAAAGUAUGACCUUUUCGAAUCACAUCAAGAAAAUGAUCGCCAACCUAUUGAUAAAUACCAGGGAUCCUUGCAGUUAGAGGUACGAUGGAAGAAGUUGACCAGUGCACCCCCUUUAGAUGCCAGAACAAUUAUAAAGGCCAAGGUUUUGCCGGGAGACAUACGAAGUGCGGCUCACAGUUUAUACAACACUUUAGAAGCCCUCAAGCUUCAUGUUGCAGGUUUGACCACAUCAGAAAUCAAAUGGAUUGAAUACGAAGAGGAAACACCUGUUAUGGACAAACUCAAGGCUCUAUUAGAGAUCCUGAAGCACGGGGAUGCUAGCCAGCUUGCAAACUCGGAUGAUGAGCAGAAUGAUGAAGAAUUCAACAACGUGAUGGACACUCUUGUGUUUCACGAGCGUAAGGACUUGGACUUCACAGACCAUCUCUGGACAGUCCUGUACAAGUGUUCCUCCUACUCGGAACUUGUGGAAUGUUUCAAAUAUGUGUUCACAGUGCUGAGCAAUGGAGAACUUCGACCAAUGGUUCAUCGUAAUAAUAAUACCACUGUGGCACAGAUGGUAAGGGAUUCCUACAUGGGUAAGCUUCGCAUGCCUAACCUGGCAGGAGUGUAUGCCCUGCAGCUGUUGGCUGAAAUAGGUGCAGAAAAACUUCACCAAGAUUACCUCUUCACAUUUCUGGCGAAGGAGCUUGUCACCCACAGCAAUCUCGAAGACUUUCUCAAAACAGAUGUUAAGUUGGAACAAAAACUCAUCAAUCUGGAGAAAAUGCAUCAUGUGUUAGAAAUGGUUGUAAUGCUGAAGUUGUUUCUAAACCUCCCAAGUCUUAACCUGGCCAUCUGUGCACGAGCUAUGUUGGCACACUACCAACAAGAGGACAUCUCUCCAAGCCAUGUGUUUGCCUUCCCCAUGCUGACCCCCUCAUUGAAGCAUGCGUUUGAGACCUGCCAGCCAUGCAUGAAACAAAUGGUGCUAGCCAAGAUGGUGGGAGACAUGAAGGAGUCCGUACACCACUUGUUGGUGACACAUCAACCAUUCCACCACCUACCGGCCAGUGUCGACCCAGAGGUACUCAUGGACACUACUGUCAACAAGAACAAGAAAUACUUCUAUGUCAGAAAGAAUGAAAGCAUUUCUAUUCUUAUAUGAAUUUCCUAAUAAGUUGAUGACCAUAAAACACAACGAAUGGUUUGUACAUAUGUAUAUAUACACUAGUAUAUGUAGUAUAUAUACUUUUAGAAGUGAUUAUCAUAAUUAAGUGCUUUUUGUGUUGUCCGUGUCAUUAAGCACACACUUCAGCACAAUAACUACAUGUUUCUGUUAACAGUUGUAUUUUAUACUGAACAGUGAUAAUGUUAUAACAUACCAUCUGGUACUGUAGGUACAAAACCUAUCUCUCUAUACCAAUUUCAGCACACGCUGUACAUGUAUGCUACUGAUCAUAGUAGUAGGGAUGAUGUAAAACUUUUCUUACCCAAGCUUUAUAUAUUUGGGACAAGAAGUUAAGUGCAUAGAAAGCAAGCAGAGAUGGCAGAUUUAAGAAGCAAAACUAGACUUCGUCUGUGAAACAUGGUGUCCGAACAAAAAUAACUUAUUCCAAAUAUGAGGAAAUACUGUAGAUUUUAAUUUGAUACAAUCAAACAUCAACUCAGUGCAGACAUUUCAUGACUUAAUACUUGUGUUAAUUUAAGUAGUGUGUUAUACCAGUAAAACAAAGGUUAUCUUCAUAUCCUGAUAUAUAUAACAGCGCGGACAUCCAGAACAUCUGCAUCUUGUAUAUGGAGGCAUUGUCCUUGCAGGUUUUUUUUCUCCCACUGAAAUUCUUCUGAACAAAAUUUCCAUUAUACUCGGUUAUUAACAUAUUAAACUGACAAAUGAGCUUACCAAGAUCCGCCAAAGUUUGCUUUUCACAUAACAAAUAAACAGGCUGUUUGGAUCCCCCUGAACCUUUGACUACAAAACUAAAUGUAAUAUCUUCUAUUUAUGAUGCAAACCACUUGUACUUAAAUAAUAUUAUCCUUAUGGGUGUUACAAUAUGCAUCGAGUGUACAUGUAUCCAAAUAUUAAGCAAUACAGAAGGAAUUUGUUGUGAUAUGCAUCCAGAUAUAUUGUAAAAAAAAAAGGGCUGAAUGUUAUUUUAUUUUUGUAUUGAGACACAGAUACAAUAUGCCUGUGUAUUGCAAUUUAGCAGUUUUCUGAUAUAUUGUGACAGCCCAUCUUAUUGUACUGUACAUCUCCCAAAGAUGUUUCCUGUACAGUUGUCAACAUGUUCUGUAGAUAAACGUUGACAAUUGUAAUGUCUUAAAUAGAUUACUGAAAAGUCAUCAGACACUAUGAAAUUACAUAGCUCCUAUAUGUCGUGAUGCUAUGAGUAUGAUAUAUGCUAUCAGUAAAUAAAUGGUUAAACUAUAUACGUAUC